UUGGACUACAACACAAGCCCGUAGUCACCCCAUCGUUUUAACUUUUUAAGUUCUAACACCAACGCGGCAAACCCCUUCCCGUUACUUCCACCCCGUAAAUAGAAAACCCUAGAAAAACCCAGACCAGAGACAAUGGUUAUAGGGCUUAGGCAGUUCAUGGCAAGAGUCGGAACCGGUGCUGGAGAGCCAGUUCUCGAUACAGAUAACGGCGAGGAGCUUGUUCACGUUCAACCUUCCGUUUCCAUUGCACUCGGGAAUCGUUCCCCGGAUACCCCUGGCACUCUCUACAUCACCACCAAGCAAGUGGUUUGGCUGAGUGACCUGGACAGAGCAAAGGGCUACGCCGUCGGUUUCUUGUCUCUUUCACUGCACGCCGUUUCAAGGGACCCGGAGGCCUACCCUUCUCCCUGUAUUUACACUCAGAUUGAAACUGAAGCUGAUGAAGAUGACUCUGAGGAUUCAGAUUCAGAAUGUAAUGAUGUUUUAGAUUUAUCCAAGGUUACAGAGAUGAGGCUUAUUCCUUCAGAUGCUAGCCAAUUGGAUACUCUGUUUCAGAUAUUCUGUGAGUGCGCUGAGCUGAAUCCGGAGCCUAUUGAAGAAGGAGAAGAAGGAGGACAUAAUUGGGUUUUUAGUACUGAUCAGUUGGAAGAUGAAACUGGAGGUGAUGAUGCAGAAUGUCAUUUCCAUCAGAAUCCGACAAACUUAAUUGGUCAUUCAAAUGGUGAUCAUGAUCUAGCCCGGACAGUUCUUGAGUUAUCCCAUUUCUGCAAAAACUUGCAGCUCCAAAUCCAUGAUCAACGCUUUGAGGAUGCAGAAGAGAUGGAACGAGUUAGUGAUAGCAGUCAUCAUCAGCAUCAAUAAAAUUCCGUGUGAUUGUUGCCUUUCAAACCAUAUGCAGGAAAUUCAAAGUAUUGCAAGAGUGAACUGAAUGCAUGUGUUGCUUUUAGCUUAUUUAUACUCAAAAACUUUGUUGUACAUGCUUAAUGAAUCCAAGAUGGCAAUGUUUUCUUUUUUAAAUAAACUUGCAUUUUUAAGUUGUCUUCUUCCUGCGCUUCAUUUUGUCAUUCAUGUAUCAGACGGUGCCUGUAGAAAAUGCCAGAUAAUGAUCAAAUAUGGAAAUUGUCUCAUCCUGUGAGGUGAGGUCUAAACAGAGGAACACUUGAGUCACCGGCACAAACCUUUUGACUUGAGUUCUGCAAAUGUUUAACUGCAGCAGAUUGUGAUAUAUGAAUUGAUCCAUCAAUAUAUUUGGCGUACUGGAUUUUGGUAAUAUGCUGUAGUCCAGAGGGUAGUGCACCACGUAUCUUCAUUGCCAACUUAAAUGGAUAGAUGGUAGCUGCCGUAAGAUUCUGACUUCAAUUCUUUCUACUUUUCCCCUUCAAUAAAUUGCGGACGGUGGUCAAUCGGUCAGCUCAGCUCAGCUCAGAUGUUGUGUUUUUGUUGGUGUCAAUCAAAUGAGCAAUGGCGCCAACAGUUCUACUUAAUUCCACACCUCGGGUCGAAUCAUUGACGAUGAAAAAAAAAGGGCUUCCACUUCUCAUUUCUUCCAUCCCGGGAGGCAAUUCUGAUUGGUUAAUAAUAAAUAUAUCUUAAUG